AGUUAGACGGGGCGGGGCUUGAACUGCACGUAGAAUCUGAUCUGUCCCGAACUGCAAAACACUACAUAGAAUUCCUGUUUUCAGCAAUAAAUAAAUAAAUAACACUACAUAGAAGAGUAUCAUUGCUGGAAGUCCAUUAAAGAUAGUUUCCUACACAAUUUAUCAAUCCCGAAUAAGAUAUAUCCUAAAAUGGAAGACGGCAGAGAAACAGCUGCGAUGAGGGAGCAGAAACGGAAGAAUCGACAAAUAGAAUUGGAGAACACAAACAGUGACAUUGGCUUGUGUGGAUGGAUACUGGUGCUGUUCUCCAUUAUCCUCACGUUGCUGACACUGCCUCUCUCCAUAUGGAUGUGCAUUAAGAUAGUGAAAGAAUAUGAGCGGGCAAUUAUCUUUCGUUUGGGACGCAUUUUGCAAGGAGGAGCCAAAGGACCAGGUCUUUUCUUUAUCUUGCCAUGCACAGACAGCUUUAUUAAUGUGGACAUGCGUACUAUCACCUUUGAUAUCCCCCCUCAGGAGGUUCUGACAAAGGACUCUGUGACAGUGAGUGUAGAUGGCGUGGUCUAUUACCGUGUGCAAAACGCCACACUGGCAGUCGCCAACAUCACCAAUGCUGAUGCAGCCACCCGCCUGUUGGCUCAGACCACCCUCAGGAAUGUGCUGGGUACAAAGAACCUGGCAGAAAUCCUUUCUGACCGUGAAGAAAUCGCCCACAGUAUGCAGUCCUCGCUGGAUGAUGCCACAGAUGACUGGGGUAUUAAAGUGGAGCGUGUGGAGAUUAAGGACGUCAAACUGCCCCUGCAGCUCCAAAGGGCUAUGGCGGCCGAAGCCGAAGCCACCAGAGAGGCCAGAGCCAAGGUGAUAGCCGCAGAGGGAGAGAUGAAUGCCUCACGGGCACUGAAGGAGGCGUCCCUUGUGAUCGCAGAGUCCCCCUCCGCUUUGCAGCUGCGCUACCUCCAGACCCUCAACACCAUCGCAGCAGAGAAAAACUCUACUAUCAUUUUCCCUCUGCCUAUAGACAUGAUGCAGUCCUUUAUUAAGCGCUGAGCUGGGGCUGUAGAAUACAGGCACCUACCGUAUAUACACACACAUUCAUACACACACAGAGAUGCAUCCAUGCAGAAGUGAAAAGACCGACAUUAUAUAACAUACACUCAUGUGCAUAUAAUAAACAUAUUUGACAUACACAGUAUAUACAAGUAGCUGUUCUCUGACAGAUGAUCUGUAGAUGUUCCUGGUAUAGGCCCAUUAAGAUGAAGUCUAAUGCGACGUAACAAUAUCCACUUGGCUGGUGAAUUUCAGACUUGUUGUGCAGUGGUUCUCCACUUGAUUAUUUUUUUCAGGACCCAAAUUUCACAUAGGACCUCAAGUGUCGACCCAACACCAUAACAGAAUUGGUUAUCAUACAGAAGUAAAUAAAAAUAAUACAUUUAAUUUCCAUUUUUUUUUUUACAUGGUCCGCAUAGGCACGACAUUAAGCAGAAUUAUUAACAUGAAUAAGAAAAUAUUGUAUUUACUUUGUCAUAUGACUAAGUGACAGUUUGAUUGGACAUACAGAUGUUGAUGUCAACAACAAAAUAUAUGGGAAGCAUUUUAUCCUCCUUUUUAAAGUUUAUAAGCCUAUUUAUUUUGCUAACCUAAUGGUUAGUUACAUUUUAUUAUUUGCAUUAAGCAUUGUAUUUCACCUGCAACCCAUUUUGGGGCACGACUAACAAGUUGACAACCACUGGCGUUGAGGUCAAACAGAUGCAUUGUUUUGUUUUAAACUUCUGUUGGGGAUGUUUUUCAUGCAGAAAAUUCUAAAUGGUGAAUUGGCCUUAAUGAAUUGUGUAUAUAAGCCUACUAUCUCUCUGGCUAUCAUAGAGACAGUACAUUGUGCUUAAUUAAAAUCUCAUAGAUAUUAAAUAUGUAGGUCUAUUGUGAUUGUUUGGUUUUUCUUUUCAGUUGUUGAUUUAUGGAACAUCCCCUGGUUAUAUGAGUGUAUGUCUGUGUGUGUGUUUCAAGCAUGUGUAACCAAGCCAAAUAAGCCAUAAACCAUCUAAAGAGAUAUUUGGAUAGUACCAGAUUUCAAGACAUACAAGACAUAAGAUUUUUCUUGCUGAGAACCUUUAUUAAUGCUGUCUAACAAUGUGAAGCCUUAAGCCAUAUUCAUUUAGAUUAUUGAAUCAAUAUUAACAGGUUUACAUGAUGCUGGUUGUUUUUUAAAACCACAGUGGAUUAGAGAUCUAGUGUUUAUAUAUAAAUUUAAUAUGCAAAUUGUAUUACUUUUUGAUUUUUAAGGUCUUCCCUCUCAUUUCAGAUCAUUUUGUCUGUUAGACAUUUCAUACAUGUAAAAUAAUCUUUCAAUUAAGGCUGAAAAGGUUUUUGUAUAUAAUUAGUCUUUGUUGCUUCAAAAAUCAAAGGAUGGAAUUACAGACUCAAAAUGUAAAUGAUUUGGGUGUAUGUGGUGCUGCGUAGAAGCUUAUAAAGGGUAUAUGGGUAAAGGGUAUUAUCCAAAUGUCUGUAUCUUCAUCCUGUAUCGGUCUAUUACAAUUCUAUAUAUUACAUUACAGAUUCUGUCAUUUAACUGAUAUAUUUUGAAUAUCACUUUUUAUUUUUUUUGCCAGUUCACUAUGUACGUUGUAAUAUUGAAUGUUGUUUUGAUGUGUGAUGUCUUAUUCCCUUUAGUUUAGCAUAUCAUAAUAUGCAAUAUUGUCCAUUUCAAAACUUAAAAGUACACAAACUCUUUACCUUUACAAAAGUGUUGUUUUGUUUUUUCCCCCUAGUAUGCUAUUAACGACUGUUUAACGAAGAACUCUCUGGAAACCUUUGGGGUUAUGGUUCUUUAUUGUAAUAGUAGGAAAACAGAAUCAUUUGUCUACAGAAGGAUUUGCACAGGCAAAGCAGCAGUGUCUGUAUUAACUCCUUAAAAUAACCUUUGAGUCUCCAUUCCAGCAAAUAUCAAAAGCAACCUUUGCAUGGUGUGGGGUCUGCCAUUUCCACUGAUCAUUAGGCAUUUAACCUACCCUUAUGUUAACAAUUAUCCAAUCUAGACUCCAGAAAUAGCCAGAAGACAGGCUUGUUUCCAUCUUAACAUUGCAUAUGUAGAAUAAGGCAUCCUAGAAAAAUAAUCACAUACCUGACCAAUGCCAAAACAAGUCUCUAUUCCACUCUGACAUUCUGAAAUAAUUAUGUUUUCAAUUAAAAAGCACUUAAACAAUU